AUGGCGACAGCCCAGAAACGGACAAAGAAAAAGGACAACCAGAGUGACUCUUCUGAAGAAGAGGACUACACUCCUUACAUACCAGUUAAGCAGAGGAAGAAAAUAGAGAUUGUCAAUUUGAAAAAGAAGCUUGGAAUCUCUGGGGGAGCCAAAGAGGAAGAGCUCAUGAAAGCAGACAGCAGUGGGAAUGAGGGUGAUCGAGACGAUCUCAAGCGAUGGAUUUUAGAUGGCAGUGAUUCUGACUCUGGUGAAGUAAAGAAGGAUGGAAUCUCAGAGCAGGACCUCGGACCUCUUGCCAAUGUCAGCUUGCUGGAUCAGCAUAAUGUUCUCAAAAAGAAAGCCGAAGCCAAAAAAGAGACAGAUACAGAGAAAAUGCUGAAGGAAGAAGAGAAAAUUUUGGAAAGAGUAGCCAGAGAGACAGCUCUCAAGGGUGUGGCUGAGUUGGCCAAAGGCAUUGAGUACACAGAUCCAAUUAAAACAGGCUGGAGAGCUCCCAAAUUCAUUCAGGAACAGUCUCCUGCUAAAUGGGAGAAAAUACGCAAGAAGCACCACAUUCUUGUAGAGGGAGAAGACUUGCCACCACCAAUUAGAACAUUCCGAUCAAUGAAGUUUCCUCAGCCCAUCCUCGAUGUGUUAACGAAGAAAGGAAUUUUGGAACCCACGCCUAUACAAAUACAAGGGAUCCCUACAGUGCUGAGCGGCCGAGACAUGAUAGGAAUUGCCUUUACUGGAUCAGGAAAGACUCUGGUGUUCACACUUCCAAUUGUCAUGUUCUGUUUGGAACAAGAAAAGAAACUGCCAUUUAUGAAGAGAGAAGGACCAUAUGGACUCAUCAUUUGUCCAUCUCGUGAGUUGGCAAAACAGACUUUUGACAUAAUUAAACUAUUUGGUGACAGCAUGGCUAACGCCGGUUUUCCCACUUUACGUCCUGUUUUGUGUAUUGGAGGCAUGCCUGUCAAGGAACAGAUGGACGUCAUCAACAGAGGCACACACAUAAUGGUGGCCACUCCAGGGAGACUAAUGGACAUGCUGGACAAGAAGAUGGUGACCCUUGACAUCUGCAGAUACUUGUGUAUGGACGAGGCUGAUCGUAUGAUCGACAUGGGGUUUGAGGAGGAUGUCAGGACCAUAUUUUCUUACUUUAAGGCUCAAAGGCAGACUUUGCUGUUUUCUGCAACUAUGCCUAAAAAGAUACAGAACUUUGCCCGCAGUGCCCUGGUAAAGCCAGUCACUGUGAAUGUGGGACGUGCAGGUGCUGCCAGUUUGGACAUAGUUCAAGAGGUUGAAUAUGUGAAGCAAGAAGCAAAGAUGGUUUAUAUCCUGCAGUGUUUGAGAAAGACAGCUCCUCCUGUGCUGAUAUUUGCUGAGAAGAAGCAGGACGUGGAUGCUAUUCAUGAGUACUUGCUGCUCAAGGGAGUCGAGGCGGUGGCUAUACAUGGAGGAAAAGAUCAGGAAGAGCGAAUUCGAUCAGUGGAGCAGUUCAAGAAAGGAGAGAAAGAUGUGUUGGUAGCAACAGAUGUGGCCAGCAAAGGAUUGGACUUUGAAGGAAUCCAGCAUGUGAUAUGUUAUGAUAUGCCCGAGGAUAUUGAAAACUAUGUCCACAGAAUAGGAAGAACAGGCAGAAAGGGACAGACGGGAGUGGCUACAACAUUUGUCAAUAAGUCAGUAGAUGAGUCAAUACUGCUGGAUCUGAAGCACUUGCUGAAGGAAGCCAACCAGAGAGUUCCUGCCUUCCUGGCCACACUGGAGAGUGAAGCUGAGAAAUACUUGGAUAUUGCAGGUGAUGUGGGUUGCUCAUAUUGUGGUGGCUUGGGUCACAGGAUUGCCGACUGCCCCAAACUACUGGCCAUGAGGUCGAAGCAAGCCCAAGGUAUUGGACGCAAAGAUUACCUGGCUCACAACAGUGCUGACUGGUAA